AUGAAUGUCACAAAUGAAUUAGAUGAAACCAAACUACUGAAUAUCGUAGUACCAUUGCUGUUGGUGGAAUUUGUUCUUGGCUCAAUUGGGAACGCCAUUGCUUUGUGGAUCUUCUGCUUUCGGAUGAAACCUUCAAAGCCAAGUAUCAUUUAUUUGUUUAAUCUGACUCUAGCUGACUUUCUUUUGAUGUGUUGCUUGCCAUUUCGACUGGCUUACUAUGUGAACGAAAAGAACUGGAUUUUUGGGGACGGUGCUUGCCGUGUGCUAUUAUUUAUGGUGUCUUUGAACCGAGCAGGAAGCAUUGCUUUUCUCACUCUUGUCGCAUUAGAUCGCUAUUUCAAAGUAGUUCAUCCGCAUCAUAAACUGAACUCUCUAUCUCAAGCACAUGCAAUAAUUGGAGUGACUCUUAUCUGGGCUAUGAUGAUAGCAAUGACCUCGUACCUUCUCUUUGAAAGUCAUGUGUUUAAGCAGAAUAACCUUACAUUCUGUGAAAGUUUCAACUUGUACAAUCCUUCAAAUGUUGGUGCAACAUGGCAUGAUGUUUUGUUUGUUGUUGAGUUUGUUGCACCACUGGCUGUUAUCCUCUAUUGUACUUACUCAAUCGUUUCAAGACUUCGGCCCACAAAAAAUGAAAUCAGAAGAAAGUUCAUGAAGGCUAAACGUGUCGUGAUGGCUGUGGCUGUGGUGUUCGUACUGAGUUUCCUGCCCAGCAACGUUGGAAGAAUUGUUGUACUGUUGAUGCAACCAAACAAGACUAAAGCUAGCAAGGAAUACUGGGCAGCAGUUGAGGGCUUCUACGUAACACUCUGCCUAACCUACAUCAAUAGCAUGCUUGAUCCAAUUGUCUAUUAUUUCUCAAGUUCAAAAUUUAAAAACAUUUUACACCUAAAGCAUUCAAAAUAAGCUGGAAAUGAUAAAUUCUCAAAACGCACCUGGCAUUUCUACCACUAACAGCAACCAGUUCAGACAAGGAGAAAAGAUCAGACUUACGUCAUAUUAUCAUAACUGGCAUUUAAACCGGUUUAAAAGAAAACUUUAUGCAAACAUGUGGGAGGCUGGUAGCAGGAAGGCAACAGAGUGCAUACACCCACUGAAAAUGCAAGAAGAUCUGCUGAACAUUGGACAAUGGGAGUGAAUCGAAUGUAACUGAACUUGGGAGUUGCCUUACUAUGCUGUACCAUUGUCAAUUUCCACCCGUCUCAUAACCAACAAGUGGUCAGAGAAGUCGCAGUAUCUUAAGCUACUGUUCAUGGUGAUAUAUCUUUCCUUGCCUUCUCUGGAUCAUACAAGAUCCUCAAGUGCUUGCAUUUACAAAUAAGUAGUAUUUGCAAUAUUAAUUGUUCAUUGUA